CCUGCCUCUGCCUCCCAAGUGCUGAGUGCACACCUUUAAUCCCAGGGUAUUAUCUUAAUCAUCAAGAUAACAGGGUAGUAUCUACUUCUGUUAUCUGUUAGUAAAUAAACCAAUCAUCCCAAAAUCUAGUGACUUGAAACAACUUUUUAAAAUGAAAUUGAGCCAGGCGGUGGUGGUGCACACCUUUAAUCCCAGCACUCGGGAGGCAGAGGCAGGUGGAUCUCUCUGAGUUUAAGGCCAGGCUGUUCUACAGAGUGAGUUCCAGGACAGGCUCCAAAGCUACACAAAGAAACCCUGUCUUCAAAACAAAACAAAACAAAAAUGAAAUUGAGGUGAGGUGGGAGGAGGGCUGAAGAGAUGACUGAACAGUUUAGAUGCACACUGCUCUUGCAGAGGACCCAUGUCCUUCUGUGGCUCUUCAGGUGGUUCACACCCCCAUAACUCCACCCUGGGUGGCGUCUGACACCCUCUUUUGCCUCAGCAGGCACCUGUAUAAACAUAUAUACACACACGGGGCGGGAGGUGGGGGAGAGGAAUUAAAAAUAAUUUAAAAACAAAUGUAUACAUUACCCAUUUUUUUUUUCAUGAUUCCGUGAGUUGGCCAGGACUUGGGUUCGUUCAUGUGGCUGUAUUCACUAAGCAGGUUAACUGAGCAGGAAUAUUCCAGAUGGCUUCAGUAGCAUGUCAGGACUAGCCAUUGCCUGGGGUGCAUCCAUUUCCUUCCACAGUGCUUAGGUCUAACCCUACUUCCUUCUGUGGUGAUUUGAGGGCAACCUUCCAGCAGAUAGAGGUGCAAUGCUGUGGAAGCCGAGGCUCCAGAACACACACACACACACACACACACACACACACACACACACACACGAUUUCUGCUUCAUGCUAGUAACUGGUCAAGGCUGGUCACAAAGCCAUCCUCCAUUGCUGAGAUAGGGAAGUAGAUUCUUUUUGUUUGUUUGGAAACAGUCUCACUGUGUAGUCUGGGUGGUCCACAAACUCCCAAUCCUUCUGUCUCAGCCUCCUAAGUGCUGGGAUUACAGUUGUGUGCCACCAUGCCUAGUCUAGGCCCUGACUGAUGAUGCGGUGGCAAAGGAUCCGGGAGCCACCCAACAACACUCACUACAUUAAGAGAUUUUACAGAGGAGUGGAAGCGGUGAUAGAAUGCGAUGGGUUGAGAUUGGAGAGCUCUCUGUAAAUACCACCAUGGGGGAAGCUUGUAGAACGCCAGCGUUUUGAAUUAACUGGAUAGGGAGGUGAGAGAUGACGAGAGCUUGGACCAGGAGGGUGGGCAAGAGGUGGAGAUAAGUAGGUGGGUUGGCUAUUAAAGGGACAGAAUGACCUGGGCUUGGAGAUGGGUCAAUAAAGGACUGUGAAGGGAAGGGAGAGCUUAAGGGUUUCACCCAGGGUGAUGGAGCUAGCAGAGGAAGGGAGUGAAAAGCCGGAAGAAGGUCUGGCUCGGGAAAGGGAAUCACCAGUCUGGGUUCUUGGUGAUAAAGGCUGUGGAGCAGGUGACGUGAUGAGCGGCUUAGAGGGACCCUUGGUGGGGAGACGCUUCGGACUGGUUUUAUUCUACCUUCCAUAAUUAAGAUUUGGGUUGGGGAGAUGACUUGCUGGGUAAGGUGCCUGAACGCAAGUGUGAGAACCUCAGUUUGAAUCCACAGACCUCACAUAAACUGAGCGUCAUGAUUGAGUGUCUGUAAUCACAUUUCUCCUACAGCAGGUGGGAGGUGAAUACAGGAGAAUCCUCAGAAUCCCAGAAGCUUGUGGGCCAGCUAUCCUGGCGUACAAACCUGUGAAAUCCUGUCUUAAGCAAGGUUAGGCUGGGCAUGGUGGUGCAUGCUUGUAAUCCUAACACUCUGAGACAGAGGCAAGCAGAACUCUGUGAGUUUGAGGCCAGCCUGGUCUACAUAGUUCCAGGUCAGUCAGGGCUACAUACUCUACCUCAAGAACACACACCCACUACCAACAACAGGAAAAGCCAAAGAGGGUGCACAUGAGGACCCCUGCGGUCAUCCUCUGGUCUUCACACAUGUGCCGUAGCAUGAAUUACACACAGGAAUCCACACACAUCAUAAACAUGGACAUCCAUACAAGCACAGAUUAAAAUUUACCCUCAGUUGAAGUUUGUUUUGUAUGUAUGCGUGCAUGUGUGUGUAUGUAUGGCAGGUGUGUGCAGGUGUGUGGAGUCUAGAAAAGAUUCACAUCUGAAGCUAGAGUUACAGGCAAUUGUAAGCUGCCCCACAUAGGUGCUGGGAACUGAACUCAGGUCCUCUGGAAGAGCAGCAGAUGUUCUUAAGCACUGAGCCACCUUGCCAGCCUCCUGAAGAUAUUUUAAAAUGUGAGGCUCACCUUUCCAAAGAAAAGUCCUACAAAAGGUUUGAAUUAUGACAGUGUCACUGGAAUAAGUGGACGAGUUCUCCCAAGUGACCAUGAAAGCAACCAAGCUCCUAAAUUCUUACCAUCUGCUUGAUGGUACACCAAAAUAAUGGCAAACCAAAGCAGGAUGUGAUGGCACACACCUCUAACCCUAGCACUUGGGGAGCAGACGUAGGAAGGAUCAGGAGUUGAAGGUCAUUUUCAGCUCUCUGUAGAGUUCCAGGCCAGUCUCAGGCCACCAGUCUGUGCUGCUCUCACAGAGGACCCAGUGUCAUCCUAGAACCCACGUUGGGCAGUUCACAUCCACCUGUACCUCCAGCUUCAGGAGAUCUGACACCCACUUCUGGGCUCCGGGGGCUCCUGCACUCAUGUGCACACGCACACAGACCCACAAACAUACAUAAUGAAAUAUAAAAUAAACCUCAGGUAAAUCUCACAAAAAGAUUCCUUUCCAAAGCUAUAAUUCCGGGCUCUGGAAGCUGAGGUAGGAGGACCGCCAUGAGUCUGAGACCAGUCUAGGCUACACAGUGAAUUCCGAAUUAGACUGGGUAAAAGAUUACCUUGGUAGGCAUGGUAAUAAACGCCUUUAAUCCCAGCACUCGGCAGACAGAGGCAGGCCGAUCGUUUGUGAGUUUGAAGCCAAACCAGAACUACACACAGAGUUCCAGCCCAGCCAGGGCUACAUAGUGAGACCCAGUCUCAGAAAACAAAACCAAGAUUACCCUCCAGGUUUUAACAACUCUAAUGUUACAAAACCAAGCGAGCUCUACCUUACCUGUGAUGGACCAGGAAAUGCUAUGCAUAUAGAGAAACCCGUCUUGGAUAAACCAAGAGAUGCUUUAUGUGAAAUACUGGGUACCCGAGAAGUUAAAGGGAACACAAUGCACGUUUGGAGCCAGGGAUGAUAACGAUAAUAAUAGGUAUUGCUUAUCUAGUGUUUACUGUGUCCCGGGUGUCAUUUAAAACACCUUACAAACACAAGCUCUUUCGAUCCUUACUAUUAUUAUCCACAUUUUGUAGAUGAGGAAAUCAAGGCCCAGAGAAAUUAAGUAACUUGCCUGUGAUGUCACAACCAGGAUUGGUACUCUAGCCAGCUGUCUCAAGACUUGUUUAUUAUCCUCUGCAACAGAACCUGGGCUACCAGUACAAGAGAAGAUGAGGAGGCUGCUUGGGUGUGGGCACCACACCAUGAGGGAAUGUGGGUUGUGAGCACCACGUCCUGUUUACCUGUGCGAGAAGUCAGACCCCUGAGUCAGAAGUCAUGCAGGGCUGCUUCGUUUCAACCAUCAUACUGUGUGGGUGUCUGAGCCUGGAUACUCUGGAAGGAAAAGAUUCCCAGCAUUCCUAAGGCCAUGCUCCUGGAAUCUGAGUCCCUCCUUAGGCCGAGAUGUUAGCUGCUGGAAUCGAACUCUUUGAUGGAGGAUGAAAUUUAAGGAGCCUUACGAGAACCCAAGAGGUCAUGUAUAAAAAAGAGAGGCGAGGGCGGCAUGAAUCCAAACAUCCAGAAACCCAAUUAAAAUUGGGCAGAACCAGUAGUAAACCUGGCAUGUGUAGCCUGUUUGUGGGAGGUUGAGAAAGAGUAUGAACAUGUGACAAGUAGGCUAAGAGGGCCCUUGAGACUCGAGCCAGUGGCUGUGUGCAAGAGGGGACCUGGGGAUCUGCUCCACGUUUAAUUAUGGCGCCGGUGGGUGUUUUGCUGGGGGGGAGGAGUUCGCCAAGGGGGCAGUGGGUGGUGCGUGUCCCCCUCUCCUCCCCUCGGGCAGUUCUGGCAUCGUGUGGGCAUUCACCCCGCUUGCGCCCCCACUCAGUGCAUUCCCAGCCUCGCGCCUCCACCGCCCCGACGCGUGCCACGGAAGGGAGCGGCCGAUCUGGUGCGUGACGCCUCGAGGGUGGGGCCUCACUAUUAAAAGGGGACCGAGGCGGCGGCGCCGGCCCCAGGCCCCAGCCCUGGCCCAAGGAGGGCCGCUUGUUCUGUCUCCUAGCCGCCGCGGGAUCGACGUCCCCGGGUCGCCGCGGCCACCAUGCAGCUCCUGAUGAGGGUGCCUUCUCUUCCCGAGCGGGGUGAGCUGGACUGCAACAUCUGCUACCGACCCUUCAACCUUGGGGCCCGCGCGCCCCGCCGCCUGCCCGGCACGGCGCGCGCCCGCUGCGGCCACACACUGUGCACCGCUUGCCUGCGCGAGCUGGCGGCGCGGGGCGACGGCGGCCGCACGGCCGCGCGCGUGGUGCGCCUGCGCCGCGCUGUCACGUGCCCGUUCUGCCGCGCGCCCUCCCCGCUCCCGCGCGGCGGCGUCUCGGAGAUCGCGCUGGACCCCGGCUUGUGGUCACGGCUGGAGGAAAAAGCGCGGGCUGAGCGCGAACGAGACCCGACGGGGAGCCUGGCCAAGGAAAGCGGAGACAACGGAGAGGACGACGGCGGCGGGGAAGACAAGAGCGAGAAGGGGGCGGGACCUACAAGUGCGGGUUGGCGCGCGGUUCGCCGCAUCUUGGACAGGGUCCUGGCGCCGGCGCGCCGCUUGCGGCGUCCGUUGCCUAGCAAUGUGCUCUACUGUCCAGAGGUCAAGGACAUUGCCCACAUGACCCAUUGCACGCUGUAACCGAAGAACCUGGGAGCUAUGGCAGAGAAGGCAGGUGGGAGCAGCAUCUUCUUCGGGCGUGCUCUAAUACAAAGGGUUGAUGUCAAGACUGCCCUCUCUGAUGCUGGAAUUGGUACGUUCGUGAUGGAGUUGAACAGAAAGUACCCUAGGUGGUGUGAAUUUUGAGCGGCGGAGGCUCCUAGACUGCCAGCUUCACAUUGUGUUCAGGAUGGCGGUGGCCAAGGGAUAAUAAAAACAGAGUGUACGGUGAUGUGGGAAGAAAACAUUCAGAGCUAUAGGCUUCGCGUUUGUUCAGGGAGGCUGUGGUGUAAGCAGCACAUCCUGUUUUCGCAGUGGUCAGUGGUUGGAAGUGUUUACUUUAAAAAAGACAGGACAGGGGAUAAGCUAAUGAUGUCAAUCUCACUUGUCUGGUUAUGUGUGUGCUGGCAUGCCAUCUUCCCACUCUUGGUUCCUUGUUCUAGAAAUUACUGUGUUGCCUCCCUGAUUAUGAUUGGAAGCCUUGCAUACACAAUCUCCCUUCAGCUUGAUAAGGCAGGUACGGAAAAUGUCCAAGUGGCGUUUAUAUGAGGCCUUAAUUAAGGCUUAUCAAGGAUGGGUGAGCCACUUGAUAAAGGAAUCAAAAUUUAACCUUUAUCUGUUAUCUUUACAGACUCUGUAGCAAUACUGGGGGAAAAAAAAGAUGCUCACAUAAUUUUGUUUGUGUCCCAUAAUGGGACAUGGCUUAUCAUAUGUGAUUAGUUCUAUUUUAAAGUCCUGUAAAUAUCUUACUAUAGACUUAAAAUCAAGACCAACAGUGUUGGUCUCACAGCUUGCUAGAAGUGCAGAAUUUCAGGACCCCAGUCCUCAUUCCCAGACUAGGUUUUCAGAAUCCCAGGUGAUGUAAGUUAAGAAGCACUGGUUUAGAUCUUAGUCACUCCAGGAUGUCAUCAUCACCUGUGGGUGGGACAUUUAAAACACUGAUGACACCCUGCUUUAAGGUUCUAAAGUGACAUUCUAUUGUGGAAGAAAACAUUCUUUUCUGAGCUAAAAAUGUGAAUUUACAAUAGACCUCAGUUUUCAGAGGUCUUCAAGAGCUUUUUAUUGACAAUAAUUUAUCUAGUUAUAGAGUAUAAACCUGUUUAAAAAGUUUUGUCAUUUUCCUGUCCUUAAUUUCAGCUAAAUGUCCUCUUUUGGAGUCCAGCAUGCAUCUGUUGCGAUGUACCUUAUUGUCAUAUUUCUGUAUAUGUGCUGUCAAAGUGAAUGCUGCAUUUAUUUUCUAAUAUUUUAUGUUUUGAGUAUUUCCAGAGUGUAAACUCCAAAUGACUGUCUCUAGUGCCAAUCGCAGUGUUAAUGUAUAAUAUGUACUCAAAAAAUGUUUGCUGAAUUUAUUUUUAAUGUAAGUCUCAAGAAUAAAGUAUCUUGGCUCACUCAA